GGCGUUUUUUUUCGGCCAACAGCCGGCCAGCAGUUGUUGCAGGCCGGCCUCGUUGGGAAGCAGGUUCAUUUUCCGACAGCCACUGCGUGCGGAAGCACUCUCUGAUGGCGCGGACGGCGCGGCAGAGCGCGCGGCGCGGCCGCCGUCUGUUCCAGCUCGGCGUCGGCGCGCCCCUCGGCGAACAGCAGGUGCAGCUGACGGUCGGCCAGGCAGAAGCCGCUGAUGCCAGGUGUGCUGACGUCGCCGGGCCGGCGCGGCGCGGCGCCCUCGGCCGCCGCCGGGCUGGGCGGCUCGUUGAGCUGCUGGAUGAGCUGCAGCACGCCGCUGCGCUGCAGGCCGCGCUGCGAGACGACGGCCAGCAGGCGGCCGUAGGCGCAGCGCGCCGGCGCCGGCCGCGGCAGCAGGUCCAGCGGCACGGCCAGCGACACGGAGACGGACAGCUGCGCCGCCGACUGCAGCAGCUGCAGCGGCCCGAACGGCGGCGGACACGUGCCGCGCUCAAUGUCGGCCGCCGGAGAGGCAGCCGGUCCGGCCGGCACCGCUGUCAGCGGCACCUCCACACUGAGCAGACGCACGCCGCGCGUCAGGGCAGAGACGUCCACCACCACCUGCCGCGCACACAGAGGGCCGACAGUGGUGACAGCGCGCGGCGGGUCAGACCUCACAGUGGGGAUAGCGGCAGCGGGUCAGACACCCUUAUAGAACAGCACGGGGCGGAGCCGACAAAAGAGGACGAGGAGACGGUCAUACAGCCGACUGAGGUCCGGGCACCGACUGACUCAAAGUGCUGAACAUGUCACACAUUUCUAAAUGGCUUCUGUAGGACGGAAUAGUGUCUCUUCCUUCCAAGGCUUACUUGCAGAAUAAUAUGGAGACACAAUUUUACAAGUUGUGUUUUUAUGACAUAAGUUCUUUAUAACAUUUCAACACGCAAACAUCAUACCUUGACAAUUGUUCACGAUGAAGAUCAUGCAGGAACAUUUCAUAUUUAGUCACCCUUGAUUAUUUUGUUGAUAGUGAUGCGAAAGGCAAAUUACCAAAGUAUAUAUUUGCAAUUAUUUGAGUUAAUAAUUUCAACUUUUUUUGUGUUGAAAAUUGACUUUUGAAACAAUAAAGGCAAAUGAAUUAUCAGUGUCUGGAAAGGUGCAAUGCUGAAAGCUUCUUAUUACAUUCUAAUUUAUAUCUAAAGCUUUGUGAUAUCCAAACUCUCAGA